GUGGCAGCCACCCCUAUGCUUGUGAACCCAUUCAGCUGCUUACCCGAAGCUGCUGUGCCGGCGGUUGAGAAGAACGUGGCGCUUGCACAAGGGAAGCCCCGAAGCCUUGAGCAGGCACAAACUGUUACGAAGCCCGUACUUUUCGGUACUGUUACCCCGAUGGAAGGAGGACACAACUCGUCGAGGGCGAGAUCGUCUCCCAAGGAACCACCGGAAAAGCAGACACUGGUGGUGGUCACAUCGUUGUCGGCAGCCCAAGCCAUGCAAACUAACAAGGUCGAGAUAGUUGCGUCGACUCAUCGCAGAUCAACAAAAUUCACGACGAUGACAACUACACACACGGACGCGGUGGACGCGGUGGCUCCCCUGAUAAUCGCGGUGCUCGGGGCGGACUCUCUCGUGAACACGGUGGCCGAGGCGGUUGUGGAAAUUCAUCCCCGACGACCCGUGGUGGUCUUUCCCCAAUGAAUCGUGGCGGUC